UUGUUAAGUCCAAAAUAAGGAAAACACACAUAAAAUGCUCUCUAGCGAAAGAGAAAAAGACGAUUUUCUGAAAAGACACAUCGGUCUACUCAUACCGUUUCAGGUCUUCCUCCGGGAAGUUUUGUUCGCCGGUUACCGGCGGUUAUGUCCAUGUCGGAAUAACCGUUUUACCGUUAUUGAUUCCAUAACGGAUUUCGGUUCUCUAUUUAACUCAUGGUUAUUGUCUCUGUCUCAAACUGUUGAACGGAGUAAAGGAAUCUCUUUUCCUCUGUUUAUUCUAAUCAUGGCAGACAAAGUUCAUAAACAGUUACAAGAGAUCUCAUUGGACAUCAACGACUCGGUUGUGGAUGUUCCCUUCGAGUUAUGUGAGGAAGCGAUUGGAGAGAAUCGCUUUAGUUUGAUUGUGAAUCCUAUUAACCCGAGGCGUCAGAACUUGCGGGCUAUGAUGGGAGCCUUUCCGCGUUUGUGGGGUGUGGCGGAUUUGGUGGGUGCUCGUCUGGUCGCGAAUCGACAAAUCCAAUUUAUGUUCCGAGAUGAACAGUCCAUGUUUUCUGUUCUCCGUCGCGGCCCGUGGUCUUUCAAUGAAUGGAUGGUCUCGAUGCAGCGAUGGUCUCCGUCAAUUACUGAUGAUGAUAUGGGCUAUAUCUCCUUCUGGGUCCAAGUUUGUGGGAUCCCCCUCCAGUACCUCUCUACUCGAAUGGUUACGCGUAUUGGAGAAGAGAUGGGUCAAUUUCUGGAAACGGAUUUCCAAACUGAUGGGGUUCAGAAUGCUGAGUAUGUAAGGAUCCGUCUCCUCUGUCACGCCUCUACACCGUUACGUUUUCAACGUAUGUUCCGAUUUGGAGGACAAACGGUGGUCCUCCGGUUCCGUUACGAGAAACUGCGUGGUUUCUGUAGUACUUGUGGCCUCUUGUCUCAUGAUGCUACAGAAUGCCCUCUCAACAAUGAUGGGAACAAUCCUGAACCGCCACCAGAUGAUGAAGAUGAUGAUGAUGAUGAUGAUGAAUAUGGUGGACAUAAUGAUCCCUCCUCUGGUUUCCAGUCUCCGAUCAACACACCUCAAGGCUUUCCUGGAGAGCCAUCGGAGAAGAAUACAGAGGAUCAGAAGAAAGAUGGUACUGAGAACAAGAGACGCAGGACGUCAGAGACUUUUGGUUCAACUUCAACUCGCCAGAAUGUUACUGAUAUGCGUCAGGCCUUUCUUCGGGAGGAAUUCGAAGAAGUUUAUGUGAAGAAAAGGAUGCGUUUGGCAGGUGAGCAAGGGAUGACGAAUUGGUUUGCUUGGAACCAGGCUGGGGCUGCUAGCACUUCAGAGACUCAGGAUGAUGCUACCAUGGCACAACCAACAAACAGUGAGGGUACGGUGGGCCUGAAGCCACCGGAGCCGGCAUAAAUACAGCCUUUUGGAACUGUCGGGGUGUGAAAGGGUCCCUGACAGUUCGACGCCUGAAAAGGAUAAAGGCUACUUUCUCCUUGGACUUACUCUUUCUUAUUGAAACAAAAAACUCAGAUGAUGUUGUGCGUGAUGUUUGUGUUCAGUUGGGGUUUGAUUAUGUAAAGUGUGUAUCUCCUACUGGGAUAGGAGGGGGUUUAGCUAUAUUCUGGAACAAGAAUGUUGAUAUUAGCUUUAUUUCUCUGGAUGAUAGAAUGCUUGAUUGUAAGAUAAAUAAUAAAGAGCAUUCCUUUUA